UGUAAAUGUGCCACGUUCCAGCUCUCAAGUACUCGAAGGUAUCUUUCUGCUGGAGACAGCUGGGUGCUAGUGGUGUACGGAUGAAGAUGCUAAGGAGGCUCGUUAAAUUUUUAUUGAUUUUUUUUUUCAUAUUUUCUUUUUUAUUUUCUGUUUUUCAAAAAGUUCAAUCUCUCUAAACCUUGAUUUGGC